AUGUCUGUGAUUUAUGCCGAUCUGACGCAACUGCAGCUCCAACAUCUGAGUGCUGAGCGCCUGAAUAACACUCGAAAUGCCGAAAUUGACGUGCUCUUCUUCAAUCGGGUCGCCAAAGUGGGCAGUGAGGCUCUGCUGGAGCUGUUCAAUUCAUUGGUUGAAUACCACGACGACCUGGAAUUGGAACGCAGUGGAUUGAGUGCAAAAACGCAAAGGCAACUCAAAAAGCCGAUGCAACGAGAAGCUGCUGAAUUCGUUGCCGACCUUGAGGAGGGCACCGUGUAUAUACGGCACAUUAAUUGGCUGGACUUCGCUGAAUUCGAUCUGCCCCAGCCGAUCUAUAUAAACUUGGUUAGGGAUCCUGUGGAGCGUGUGAUCAGUUGGUUCUACUAUGCACGUGGCUCCUACCUGAACGCCAUUGAAUAUCGCAAACAGCCAAACAAAGAAAUCAGGCCCGAAUCUUGGUAUAAGAAAAACUUCAAUGAUUGUGUGCGCAGUGGCGAUCCAGAAUGUCAGUAUGUGCCACACACAGUAAAAGAUUUCAUGCCCAACUUUAAAAGACAAUCGCUCUUUUAUUGCGGACAUCAUGAUGAUUGUAUUCCCUUUAACUCGCCCGCUGCCAUACAAAUGGCUAAGGAGCAUGUGGAGCGAGAUUAUGCUGUGGUUGGUAGCUGGGAGGAUACCAAUAUAACGUUGGCCGUAUUUGAGGGCUAUAUUCCACGCUUCUUCCGUGGUGCCAAGCUAUUGUUUGAAAUGCAUAAUGACAAGAUCACGAACCGGAAUAAGAACAAGCGCAAGCCGUAUAUUGAGCCAGAGGUCAAGGAGUUAAUUAGACGUAAUUUCACAAAUGAAUAUGAGUUCUAUUACUUCUGCAAGCAGCGCCUAUAUAAACAGUAUCUGGCUCUCAAUUUGCAUGAGCUGGAGAAACAUGGAUUGUUAAAUUAGUUGGAUUAGCCCGAAGCCCAUAGCUAUAAAGUCAA